GAGAGUUUUGACAGUUUCAUCUGUCCGCCCGUUCCAGUCUGGACUGAGCUAUUCCGAUGACUCCCGGUCGGUGAUGGAUGAUCCGUCCGACGAGCUCUCCGUUACGAAGACAAUGGGCUGUUCCACGGUGAGGAGGGCUUGGCUGUAGCGGCGGUGGAUCAUGGAGGGGGCUUCAGAGGCUGUGUCGGGACAUUGUGUAGAUGUCGGCGGUGCCCCGUCAGACCAGGGCGCGACGAACAUAGAGGUGUUCAACAGCGAUGCCGCCGCCGCGUUACCUCCAUCUGGAAACCGGGCGUACUUGGACGUUACGGCCUCUGCCUUCGGCGCCGAGGGAGUUUGCACCAACGGCCGGUUCAGCAGAGAACAGGGCAGCCCGAGGACCGGGGGUGGCAGCCGCGACAACUCCACCGAGCGAAGUCACGGAGGGCUGAACACACCUUGCGGCAUCAUGAAGGAUGGCUCCAAGCAGAGGCAGGUGAGGAAGAAGACUGUCUCAUUCAGCUCCAUGCCAAGUGACCGUAAGAUUAACAGCACAGCUGCCUGCAUGGCCUUCAUGAUGGAAGGCUGUGAGAUGAAGAAAGUACGCUCUAAUUCACGUAUGUACAACCGCUACUUCCUGUUGGACCCGGACAUGCACUGGUUACGCUGGGAGCCCUCUAAGAAGGAUUCAGAGAAGGCCAAGUUGGAAAUCAAGAGCAUUAAGGAAGUCCGUCUGGGUAAGAAAACACCUGUGUUGAGAAGCAAUGGCCUCUCAGAUCAGUUUCCUGAUGAGUGUGCCUUCUCUAUCAUCUACGGGGACAACUAUGAGUCAUUAGAUCUGGUAGCCAGCACAGCAGAUGUUGUCAGCACCUGGGUGAUGGGUCUGCGAUACUUGGUGUCCUAUGGUAGGCACACCGUGGACAUGGUGGAGCCCAGCCAGCCCAGCCUGCGAACCUCCUGGAUAAGCUCUGUAUUUGAGCUGGCAGAUAUUGAAAAAGAGGGACACAUAGACCUGUUCAGAGCUACCCAGAUCAUCAAAGGGCUCAACCCUGGAAUGAAAGAAUCCAGGAUAGAGUUGAAGUUCAAGGAGCUUCAGAAGGCUAAAGAUCAAUACGGAGAGGACAUUAACAUGGACACAUUUGUGGAGGCCUACUGUGAGCUAUGUACGCGGCCAGAGAUUUUCUUCCUACUGGUACAGUUUUCCAGUAACAAGGAAUACUUGGAUAGUAAAGAUCUAAUGCUGUUUGUUGAGGUGGAACAGGGAGUGGAAGGUGUGACAGAGGACAUGUGCAGGGAUAUUGUUCAGAAGUUUGAGCCAUCUGCUGAGGGCAGAGAACGAGGCUAUCUCUCCAUUGAUGGCUUCACGCACUACCUCCUCUCUUCUGAGAGCCACAUCUUUGACCCCCAGCACAAGCAUGUGUGCCAGGACAUGACCCAGCCGCUGUCCCACUACUAUAUCAACUCCUCACACAAUGCCUCUCUCCUGGAAGACCAUUUUUGGGGCUCCUCAGAUAUUAGCAGCUACAUUAGAGCCCUAAGGAUGGGUUGUCGCAGCCUUGAGGUCAUAAUAUGGGAUGGCCCAGAUAAUGAACCGGUGGUGCAUGUAGGAAGUUCUGUAGCUUCACAGCUUGCCUUCUCUAAAGUGCUGGACAUUAUAAACCAGUAUGCUUUCGAGAGCUCCGAGUAUCCCUUGAUCCUUUGCUUGGUAACCCACUGCUCUAUCCCACAGCAGAGGGUCAUGGCACAGCAUAUGAAGAAGAUCCUCGGAGACAAGUUAUAUGUGGAACCACCCAACAAAGAGGAGCACUACCUGCCAUCCCCAGAAAAACUCAAAGGCAGGAUUCUCCUAAAGGGAAAGAGUUUACCCCCAACCUGCACGGACUCUGAGGGGGAGGUGACAGAUGAGGAGGAAGGUCUGGAAAUGUCCCGGAGAGUAGGUGCUGAUGAGAAGGACCAGCUGAAUGGUUUGGGUUGUAAGAGACUUAAGCUGUGUCGUGAGCUGUCUGACCUUGUGUCUCUCUGCAAGUCCAUCCAGUUCAGGGACUUUGAAAUCUCAAAGAGGGACCAGAAAUACUGGGAGGUCUGCUCUUUUAACGAGGUGGAUGCAAACAGGUUUGCCAAUGAGUUUCCAGAAGAUUUUGUGUGUUAUAACAAGCGCUUUCUCUCAAGGGUAUAUCCCACACCCAUGCGGAUCGAUGCCAGUAACAUGAACCCCCAGGACUUCUGGAAGUGUGGCUGCCAGAUCGUGGCCAUGAACUACCAGACUCCAGGACUGAUGAUGGACCUUAACCUGGGCUGGUUCAGGCAGAAUGGAAACUGCGGCUAUGUGCUGCGGCCUGCCAUCAUGCGGGAAGAGGUAUCCUAUUUCAGUGCCAAUGCCCGGGACUCUCUGCCUGGUGUGUCUGCACAGCUCCUUCACAUCAAGGUCAUCAGUGGGCAGCACCUGCCCAAGCCCCGUGGCUCUGCUGCCAAAGGUGACGUGGUGGAGCCCUAUAUCUAUGUGGAGAUCCAUGGCAUCCCAGCUGACUGUGCUGAGCAGAGGACCAAGACUGUGUCCCAGAAUGGUGACAACCCUAUUUUCGAUGAGAGCUUUGAGUUUCAGAUUAACUUGCCAGAGCUGGCAGCACUGCGCUUUGUGGUGCUGGAUGACGACUACAUCGGAGAUGAGUUCAUUGGCCAGUACACCAUCCCAUUUGAGUGCCUCCAACCAGGCUAUAGACAUGUCCCUUUGCAGUCUCUGACUGGGGAGUUCCUACCCAACACAACUCUGUUUGUCCACAUAGCCAUCACCAACAGACGAGGUGGGGGGAAGGCCCAUAAGAGGGGCCUAUCAGUGAGGAAGGGCAGGAAGGCGCGGGAGUACACUUCGACCAAGACCACAGGGAUCAAAGUGGUAGAUGAGCUCUUCAGAGCCUCCACCCAGCCCCUCAGGGAGGCUACAGACCUAAGAGAGAAUGUGCAGAAUGCCAUGGUGUCCUUCAAGGAGCUCUGUGGUCUGACCCCUGCGGCCAACAUGAAGCAGUGCAUCCUGACAGUGUCUAGCUGGCUGAUGAACAGCGAGCGUACCCUGAGGGUGACAGUGGACCUUAGUGAGACCUACCCUACCAUGGAAGCUCAAGGUCCUGUGCCUGAGCUACUACGCAAAGUCCUCAAUGCCUAUGACAUGAUGAUCCAGACCAGCAGAACCCUGAUCGAGUCAGCUGACGGGGUCUACUCAAAGCUCACACAAGCUCAACGGGCAGGAUUGGACUUCCAUGAGGACCUGCAUCGCAUUGGAGCCAAGGAGGGCCUGAAGGGUCGCAAACUGCAGAAGGCCAUGGAGAGCUACGCAUGGAACAUCACUGUGCUUAAGGGCCAGGCAGACCUGCUGAAGCACGCCAAGAGUGAGGCUUUGGACACACUGCGUCAGAUUCAUUGCGCGGCUCAGUCCUGCGGCCUCAGCAAGAACGGAGCAGCUUCCCCACAGCUCCAGCACCACCCCAACCAACAGCCACAACAGACGCAGCAAAAGCUUUCACCACAUGGCCAGGCCCCGGCCUUGGCCACGGCCCAUCCACAGCACCAGUCCCAUCCCAAGGCACUGUCCCAAACCUUGACCCAGACUUCUCUACAGCCCCAACCUCAACCUCCAGCCAUCCCACUGGCUCAAGUCAUUACCCAACUGCCAGCGUUUCCUCAGCCCCACAUUCAGCAGCACAAGCUGACAGGUCAUUUAGAUGCCAUCCCUGAGAAGGAGAUGAUCGGUGACCAUCCCGCCGGGUCCUGCUGA